AUGGUUGAACAACCAUCUAUAUUUGAUCCUCUGUUAGUCAAUUGGCGUCCAACAACAUCGGGCAUAUCACUUUUUCAUCCUAUACCUGAACGAAAUUGUUCGUCAGCUGGUAUACCUGAAAAAUAUUGUCCAUGCUCACGUAGUACUUCACUUGAUACAACAUUACCUGUGAUCAAAGAAUUAACAUUAGCUAGUAUUGAUCAUAUAAAUAAUGUAAAACUAAAAUCACAUAAACAUUUAUGUCUUCCACUUGAACUUAAAACAAUUAUUCGAGCUGAAUUCGAAAAAUUACCAAUACUUAAGAAAGUCAAUAAUAAAACAGCAAAUUUUACUCAUUCAUAUACAGUUCUUUUUGAAGUAUCACCAUCCGGUGGAAUAUUUGAAAGUCGCCUUCUUCAUCAUGAACAAACAAAACUAAUACAAGUAUAUAGUGACAUUCUUCGUGUUAAUCUUUAUGGUCAAACAUCAGCAUGUAUUCAAGAUAAAUACGAAUUACGUUCAUUUUGUUAUUGUAUAUCAUACGAUCAAAAGCUAAAAAAUAAUCUAUCAACUACUCUUCUGUCACAAUAUACAUCCAAUAUUACUGUUGUUAAUUCAACAAUAGCAAUAAAAAACUAA